CUUUAGGGGUACGGCUGCAGAGCAUGCGGUUACCAAGAAGCCGCGCUAUCGUCACUAUAUGGGUUCUGUCUUGCUCAAUAUUAGUAGCGCUUGCACAAGACCACAGCCACCAUAACCAUGGUUCAAUGUCGGAAGCUUCCACAGAACCAUUCGAGUUUACAGAUGUUUUGGAUGCGAGCUCUGCAAAUAGUUCUGCGGAAGUAAUGCAGAAGUCGGAGCAUUCAAGUACGAAUCCUAACCCUGACCCUCUGCAACUUGACCCCAAACUUGAGCCGAUCCCAAAGCCGGAGCCAGAACCAGUGCCAAAGUCAGAUGAGUCUGCACGUUCAUCACAUGUAACUUCAUCGACCAUAUCGGAAAUUCCAAUGCCAGAGCCAGAGCCAGCAAUAAAGUUUGACAAUAUUGAAACGGAAGAUUACGGUGACGUGGUUGAGCUUAGGAACCAGCCAGACGAGCUCGACACCGAAGUCAUUGAGCAGCUUGUUGAUCGGUUUCUCAAUACCGGUUCACUCUCAGACAAAAAUGGUCCAAAGUUUGCAAAUCCGGCAGCUCAAGCCCUUGUAGGGAGCAGCAAAUAUUGGAAUACUGAGGGGCUAAAGGAGCCAGGAACAAUCAAGGAUGAAGCAACAAUCAAAGAAUGGAUAGAUGGCUACCAAGUUGAAGCUCAGAAGGUUCUAAAAGAAGUAGCUCAAGCUGGAUGGAAGUACUUCAGCCACGCAUCUCCAGGGGCGAAGCAAAGUUUGAAUGAAGCCGAACAGGUUCUAUCACGCUUCGUUCGUUCGACUUCAAUGCAAGCCAAGCAGUUCGAUAUGGAAUCAAUCAAAGACGCAUCACUGAAAAGGCAGCUAGCAUACGUAUCCUUCGAGGGGAUGUCCGCAUUGUCACCAAAAGACUAUGCAGCUUUUAAUCAGGCGCAAAACACGCUCAACCGAGUAGCAGGCGACGUGACCGUUUGCGACAAGGAUCUUCCACCGCCAUGUGCUUUGAAAAAAAUCGAUAUGGAAUCGAUAUUCCGCAAUGAAAAGGAUGCAGCUCGCUUGUCACACUUGUGGAUAGCUUAUCUAACAGAGCUGGCUCGAGAGAAGCCCACAUAUCAGAAAUUGAUUCAGUUGACUAACAAAGGGGCACAAGCCAACGGUUUCAGUGAUGGCGGUGCAAUGUGGAGAAGUGCUUUCGAUAUGUCUGGGAAGAAUACACCAAAAGUAUUGGAUUUCAACGAGCAAAUAGAGAAAAUAUACCAAAUGAUCGAGCCGCUCUAUAAAAACUUGCAUGCAUAUAUGAGACGUCAAAUAGCUGGGAUUUAUGGAAAUCCUACCGGACUAAGCAAAAAUGGACCGAUUCCAGCACAUUUGUUUGGCUCUGUCGAAGGAGGCGAUUGGUCAGCUCAUUACGAGCAGACAAAACCGUAUGAUGACGAGUCAAGUCUUCCGGAGGAUAUACUUUUCUCUUUCCAUACACAAAACUACACUACCAAGCAGAUGUUCGUGAAGGCUUACCGCUACUUCAAAUCGAUAGGAUUCCCAACCCUUCCUAAAACGUUUUGGACGAGUUCGCACUUCGCUCGUGUCUGGAGUAGAGACAUGAUUUGUAAUCCUCCAGCUGCCUUGGAUAUGAGAGAUGGAGUAGAUUUCAGAGUGAAGGCGUGCGCACAACUUGGUAUGCCUGAUUUUGAAUUGGCUCAUUCUCUAAUGGCACAAGUUUACUACCAGUACCUCUACAGAAAUCAGCCGCUUUUAUUCAGAGAGCCUGCAUCACCCUCAGUCAGUGAAGCUGUCGCGAAAGUGUUUGCUCAUCUGGCUACAAAUCCUCAUUACCUGUACUCGCAAAAGUUAGUCAACGCUUCCCAUUUGGAAAUCAAAGACUCUUUGGUAAUCAAUAGGCUCUAUAAGGAAGCACUGGAAAAUUUUGCAAAAAUACCCUUCGAUAUAGUCGCUGACAAAUGGAGGUAUGAACAAUUCGAAUCCACUAUUUCACCAGGAAAGCUGAACGACAGAUGGUGGGAGCUAAGAACCAAGUAUGAAGGCCUACGAGCUCCUCAGCCUUACAACUCGUCAAAUCUUGAUGCUCUCAUGCAUAGUGCCAUCUAUCAAGUCCAUUCUCCUGCCACAAGAGGUCUCGUAAGCUAUGUUGCCCAAUUUCAGAUUCUGAAGGCCAUGUGUCCUGCUGAAACCGCGCUGAGCGAGGGAUGCAUACUAUCAGAAGAUACGACAGAGAAGCUUCGUGCAGCAAUGACCAUGGGAUCAUCAAUCACUUGGCUCAAGGCUCUGGAACUCAUCACUGGUAAAGCCGAGCUGGAUGCGAAGCCUUUGCUUGAGUAUUUCGAACCGCUUGCAAACUGGUUGAGAAACACUAACGAAGUAGACCAGACCUUCCUCGGUUGGGACGGUGAUGGAGCUCUAUUUACCGCGGAAGAAAUUCCUAAACCGAGAAGUGGAAUGGAUGGCGGUAGUGGUAUACUCAGUGAAGAUCGAGUUGCUUUUCCAGGAGGCCUUUGUGCGAAUGGACAAGAAUGCCUAUUGGAUUCUCACUGCAACGGAACAAUUUGCGUUUGUAAUGAUGGGCUAUAUACUCUAGAACUCGGAUCGACAGUAAACUGCGUCCCCGGCAAUCCGGCUGACAGCGGGUUUGGAGAUGGACAGGGAGGUUUGGUGAUUGGAUUGUUCUCCUCUGAGACAACCAUCCAUCCAGAGCCCGAACCAACUACGACAACCAUGGGCACAACGAGUUCACCAAAAACUUCCGGGUCCACAUUAUCCAAUACAUUAAUACCCUAUGCAAACGAGGAGGAUAAGACAAAUGCCUGUAGUGGUCCAAAUGCAUAUUACACCCUAUCAAAGCCAAAUGACUCAAUUUGA